AUGGAUAAAGUACCUUUCAAAGUAAAGGCACUCUACGAGUAUAAGUCUGAGCAUGAGGAUGACUUGAAUUUCGCUCCCGGUACGGUUAUUACCGUGACCGAGGUGGAGGACGACGAAUGGUACUCCGGUUAUCACGGUGCCGAAAGCGGGAUGUUCCCAAAGAACUUUGUUGAGCUUAUUAAGGAAGAGCCCGCUACUCCGGCUGUACCAAAGCACCCAGAACCUGCAAAACAGGAACCACCAGUUGCCAAGGAGCCAGAGAUCAAGGAACACCAGACAGAGCCAAUUGAGAAGAAAGAAGUUCCUAAACCAGCAGUUUUCCCCGGCCCUGGUCUGCAAAGAGAUGACCCAUACGCUGUGAAGAAACAAUUCGCAGGGGCAGGCAAAUCGUCCUAUGUUCCUCAGGUCAAGCCAAGAGACCAGUCGAACAUUGUGGGACACGCUCAUCACGACGUGGCUAAGAAUGCUGAAGUUGUGAGAGAGCACGACAAACAACCUGAAGAGGAGGAAGCAGACGAGCCCAAGAUGAGCUUGAAAGAGCGUAUCGCCAUGCUACAGAAGAGACAGCAGGAAGAGGCAGAAAGAGAGGCUGCUGCCUUAAAGAGAAAAGAAGAACGCAAGAAGAAAAUGGAGGAGGAAAAAGAGCGUGUGAAGCAGCAAAAGGAGGCUCAAGCGCUUUCGGCCACCAGCACUGGUGCCUCGCUAGACCGUCAUGCAUCCGAGGGAGAGGAUGUAGACUCGAUAGCCGAUAAAAGGUCAUUGGCUGAGAGCGUGCCCUCAGUUCCCGGUCAUGACGUGGGUCCCAGUAUCCAAGAGGAGGAUGAAGAGGAGACGCACCAUGCUGCAGCUGGAGCUGACGAAGAGGAGGAAGAGGAUGAAGACGAGGAUGAAGACGAGGAGGAACUCAAAAGACGCCGCUUGGUCGAGAGAAUGGCCAAGAUCUCCGGUGGUCGUAACAUGUUUGGUAUGAUGGGCAUGCCAACGCCGUUUGGUGCUCCAGCCACUUCCAAACCAAAGAAGACUAAGACCAAGUCUGUUGAUGAGACUGAGGCCUCGGAGGCUACUGAUGUGCCAGCUCCAUCCACUGAAGAGCCAGAUGUGGAGGAGGAGAAGCCUUCUGUCCCUGCUGUUCCUGCUUCUGCUGUUCCCAUUCCAGGUUUGACUCAACCUGGUGUAGCUUCGACGCCGACGGAAGAAAAGCCAUUGAAUACUGCCACUGCAGCACUCAAAAAGCCGCAACAAGAGGAUUCCUCUAUUGCUGAGUCCGACUACACUGACGAGCAGAAUGUGCCUGUCACCAAUGAAAGGAAGAAUUUCGAGCAGGUCGAGGAAAGCAAGCCCAAAUCACCCACCUUGGAGCUGUCAGAAAGUGAGCCCGAGCAAAAUGACAGAGAUGAAAGAAUUGAUCUCGGACCACGCUCAACCUACGAAGGCGAAGUCACCGGCUAUGAAGCUGACGAAGACGUUUCUGAUCGUGGUGCAGUUCCCAAGGAUUUGCUCGAAGGCAACGAGCCUCCACUGCCACUGAAACUUCCAGGUGCACCACCUAUUCCAAGUGGAUUACCACCUAGCGAGCCACCUGCUGCUGUACCAGAAUCGCCAGCUUCGCAACCUCCAACUCCUAGCACAAGGGCUCCACCACCAAUUCCUGGCUCUGCCCCACCAUCCGAACCAACCACUAGAGCGCCUCCUCCAAUUCCUGGUUCAGCUCCUCCAACUGAGCCAACAUCAAGAGCUCCACCUCCAAUUCCUGGCUCUCUUCCUCCCUCGGAAUCAGGAUCCAGAGCUCCUCCUCCAGUUCCUACCGGGGCUCACCUGGCACCACCACCAAUUCCUCUGGAGCAACCAGCACCACCUUCAACACGCCCCGAGGUGCCAUCCUCAGAGCCCCCUGUUCCUGCUCAUGCUCCACCAACACCCAGAGAUGCACCACCUACCUCCAAGCUUCCUCCUCCCCCUCCUAUUCCAACCGAGCAGCCGUUAGGUCAAGAUGCCGCACAAGAGUCGUCGGAUGAUGAAAGCGAAUUUAGAGACACUGUUCCGGAACAGUCCAGGGCUCCGGAGAGAGUGCAAACGUUUUCACACACACCCUCUGUCCCACAAGUGCCGAUUUCAAGAGCCAACACAACAGAUUCUACAAGACGGUCAUUUGAAUCCCACAAGAGGAAAUCGUCUGAUUUGUCUCGUCUGAGAUCCAUAGGAAAGGCUGAGCAGCUCCAGGCCGAUACUUACUUGCCAGUUUUGCAAGACGAACUCAAUGAGGCUAACGAAAGCUCUGGCUGGUGGAUUAAAGAUGCUGUACCAGAUUCUUUGGAAGCAAAUGUUGGCACCGAUUUCAUUUUUGAGGUUGACCGUCAAAAGCUCACUAAGAGAGGAGGAAGAGAGGUUGUUUUGAAGGAUUACUACAUCUUGUUCCACGAUUUGUCACAAAUCGUGUUGGAGCUUCAAUACGAAUGUGAUGAUCCAAGAACCACUCUCAGUGUCACGAAUGCCUACGUUAAGCCACCGGUUGUGAACAGAAGGGAUGUUCUCGACAGAUACCACGGUCAAUAUGGAUCGGCAGUCGUGAACGCAGCACAGGGCCUCAUCAACUCUCGUGUUAGCAAUGGUUUUGCCAACACUGUGUUCCAACAGGUUAACAAGGCAAACAAUGGCGCUUUGUUGAGCCCGAUUGGCAACAAGUCCUACGGUGUCACUGUCUACAAGAACCAGAACGGCUCGGCGACCAAGUACGACGACAUCAAGCCAGGAGAUAUCUUGUGCAUGAAGAAUGCUAAGUUCACUGCGCAUGGGCUUGGUGGCUUGAGCACAAAGACUGUGACCUACGGUGACGGAAACCAGUUUUUCAAUGGUGUCGUUGUUGAAAUUGAUCAUAAGAAAGACAAGCUUCGGGUGCUUGAUGCGGACGAUUCUGGAGCUGUGAAGAAGGAGUCGUUCAAAAUCAAUGACUUGAAGUCCGGAAGAGUGCGUGUCUUCCGUUUUGUUGACAGACAGUUUGUCGGAUGGUGA